GGCGCAUCCGACAUACAGAUCAGUCAUGGCCAUUCGAUCCGCCUCUCUCCUUCUCCUUGGCGCGACGCUCGCCUUUGCUGGCCAACUCGAGGAGCGGCAGAGCGGAUGUCCUCAGGUCCACGUCUUCGGUGCUCGCGAGACGACGGUGCCUCCUGGCUACGGUACCGCUGGCCAGGUCGUCGACUCCAUCCUCAGCGCCUACCCCGGAUCCACUGCUGAAGCCAUCAACUACCCUGCGUGCGGUGGUCAGGCCUCCUGCGGCGAUGUCAGCUACGCCAACUCGGUCCUUCAAGGGGUGCAGGCGGUUGCCAGCCAGGUCAACUCUUUCAACCAGAAGUGCCCCAGCACGUUCCUCGUGCUCGUUGGCUACUCCCAGGGUGGACAAAUCUUCGACGACGCGUACUGCGGUGGUGGCGACACAAACGAGGGCCUUACCAGCACCGCCAUCCCGAUUUCCACCUCUGCGCAAGCUCAGAUCAAGGCUGCCAUCUUCAUGGGCGACCCCAGGCACAUCCCCGGCCUUUCUUACAACGUCGGUACUUGUCAGGCGUCCGGGUUCGCGCCGCGACCGGCGGGAUUCCAAUGCCCGUACGCCAGCAACAUCCAGUCCUACUGCGACUCCUCCGACCCGUACUGCUGCAACGGCAACAAUGCGGCAACGCACCAAGGAUACGCGAACGAGUAUGGCGCCGUCGCGCUCACGUUCGUCAAGAACAAGCUCAACACUGCCAUCGCGGGUAGCGGCAGCGGUGGAUCCUCUGGGACCACCACCUCCCCGACCUCCACAGCUCCCGGUUCGGGGUCGACACCUCCGGCGGGUGGAAGCGCGGCUCACUGGGCGCAAUGCGGCGGACAGGGCUUCACGGGCCCCACGACCUGCGCAUCGCCGUACACGUGUCAGUGCGCCAAUGCUUGUAAGUUUUCUUCGCAUUUUGCCAUAUGA